AGUUCGAGCGACGGUUGGUUUCUGGCAAAGCGCUCCUGAAAACAGACCGGAAACUUCCAAAGAUAAAUAAACUGAAACGCGCUUCUUUAAGUUCCGCGCGAAAGUUUAUUGAAAUCGCUCUUAACUCUUCAGUACUGCAAUUUCGGGUCGUGUACGACUAGAAUUGUCAUCGUUGUUGCUGUGAAGAGAAAAUAUUUCACGCUGAAGAAGCUACUCGAAGACGUGGUUGCGGUUUUUGUACAAAAAAUGAAAACCGAAGACAAAAACACUGUUCCUAAAGCCCGUAUAGCGGUUAUUGGCAAAUCAAAUGUUGGAAAGUCAGCAUUGACUGUCCGAUACCUCACAAGAAGAUAUAUUGGAGAAUACAGGAGUAACACUGAUUUGCUGUAUAGACAAACGCUUACAAUUAACAACAGCCCCAUAGAAGUAGAGAUUGUGGACGUAUGUAGUUGUGAUCUAGAAGCUUUUCCAGAAGAAGCAAUUUACUGGGCGGAUGCAGCGAUAGUAGUAUACGACAUCACGUGUAGAGCAUCGUUCAAUCAAGCCACGGAGAUGCUUCAAAAAGUUCUGCAGUUACGUUCACAGUUACCGACGGUAUUGCUAGGAAACAAGGCUGAUCUCGAACACCUCCGAAAAGUCGAAGAAACAGAAGGCCGUACCGUUGGUAUUAAAAACAACUGCAGUUUCCACGAAGUGUCCGUGGCAGAAAACUCACAGGACAUCUACAAAGCUUUCGACGCCGUACUUAGCGAAUGUCGUCAAGCACCUCAAAAAACGAGAAAAUUCUCCGUAUCCAAGAUGCUAGGCACCCUUAUAGGCAACGUGAACACCAAAACACCACCGGAAACGAAACAGGGUGGUACUGUCGUAGUAUGUCACAAAUCCGACCUCUACAAGUCCAGAGUCUUGAGAAGGAGACAGAACUUUACAGCUACUGCGUCCCUUUGACUAUCGGUGAAUGAGUCAUAAAUUUAUUUGAUAAGAGUGCUCUGUAUAUACGAUGCGUACUGUAAAUUCGAAUUAUCUGUACAGAAUUAAAUUUUAACAGUUUUAUAUCAUAGAUAAAACCGUUAUAAAAUUUGAACUUAUCUUGAGGAUCUUAUUUUAUUACACUAGAAAACUGUUCUGGUUCAGGUGCAUUAAAUAUAACAUUCGUUAAAAGACCAAUGUAUUAAAAUUUACUUAAAGAUUUAUUCUGCUCGUUUAAAAUGUAAGUAUUAAUGUAAGUCUGUAAUUUAAGAAUCUUAAAGCUAAUGCCUGACUUGGUUUAUUUAUUAUAUAUGUAUAUAUUAUUAAAAACAUUUGUGAAUCAUAUCAACACAAAUUAUGCAGAUUAGACUUAAGAGUUCUGAGUAGCAAAUUAUAAUAUAAUCUAGAUACUACUCAGAAUAACAUCACAAUAAAAAUUAUAUUUAUAAAACACUUGAAGGAACUAAAUGUUGUAUAUAGUGAAAUAAGUACUGAAAAAAACUACACCUUUUUAUAAUUAAUUUUUUCAUUAUAAAAACUCAUAUGUAUACAUAUGUAUUCAAUUCAGUAUGCAUCGUAUAUAAAGAAUUAUUAUGGACAUAUUACCUCAGUUUUAUGAGGAGAAAAACAUCAUGGUCCCUGUAAAAAUACAUUUUUUUUUAUUUUUGGGAACAAAUUUUCUUUGAUACGGUUAUUUUUAUACGAUAAUAAUAUGUUUAAACUAAAUGUUUGCAUGAAGUGUUUCAUAUUAAACAUUAAAUAAGAUCAGUUUUUUGGGAUAAAAAUAAAGUUACUCGCUUGCAAAUGCACAUUAAAGUUAAACAUAUCUGAAAACAUUUUUAAAUGGAUUAUUAUCCCAGGAGACUAAAUUAAAACUAAUAGUAAUAUAUUUAGUUUUAAUAUUCAUUCAUGUUACUGUAAAUAUAUUUAUCAAAUUCACUUAGUAUACUUUUAUAUAAAUAUGAUUGUGUGUGCUAAGAAAAUGGCUGUGAUAUAUUCAUUUCUGGUUUUAUUAGAAAAUUAGAUAUAAGUUGUAGGUAAUAAAGUAUAAAUUUAUUUAUUA